AGUAGGUUCAGCAGCGGACGAGAGGCACCCCUGGUCGGCUUGUGGCUGGUCCCGCCUCCAGGCGCUCGCCUAGUUCCCCCAGGGCUACCUGGGUGGUAUGUGUGAUGGAGCUGGCAGGCCAGCUCAGUCAGGCAGCUGGAGACGGCGACGAGGCGGCGGUGCGGCAGCUGCUGGCGGCAGGCGCUCGGGCCGAUCAAGGCGACCAGCACGGCUGGCUGCCGCUGCAUGUGGCGAGCAUCUUCGGCCACGAGCGGGUGGUGAGGCUGCUGUUGGAGGCUGCACCAGCCACAGCCUUGGCAGUGGACCUUUUCGAAUCCACCCCACUGCACCUUGCGGCUGAGCUUGGGAAGGUUGGAGUGAUCCAGCUGCUGCUGUCGGCGGCACCUGCCGCAGCGUCGAUGCUAAACGCUGAGACGCACUCCCCCAUCUACUAUGCCGCCUGCCGCAGCAACGCAGCCGUGGUGCAGCAGCUGCUAGAGGCGGCACCAGCGAUGGCUUUUGCACUGGAUGCUUUUGGCCACACACCGCUGCAUUGGGCGCUGCGCUACAGCCACUUCAACGGUACAGCAGAGCAAGUCAUGGAGACGGCCUGCUGCUUGGUGCAGGCAGCGCUAGCGGUGCAGCCAGCCCUGGGCAUCCUGCUGCAGUACAGCCAGCGCUCUGCCACCCUUUUCACCGACCUGGUGGCCCGCCUGCCGCUCAGCCAGGAGCAGUGGCACUCGAUUCCUGCACCCUGCUCCGACCUGGGUCGAGCGCUGCCAGCCGUCCUGGAGCGCUCGACCGCCGAGGCGGGGUGGCUGGUGAGGCGGCUUGCGAAAGGGCAGCGCAAGCGGCUGCGGGCAGCGGCGCUCAGCCUGGCACGGGCGCAGCGGGGCUUGCCGUCCCUGCCGGCAGAGCUGAGCGGGCGCAUCCUGGCGGUGUGCCUGCUGGAACCCUGACCGCCCUCAGCAGGCUGACCUGGGUUAGCCAGCAUGAACACAGCUAUAGUUGACGGCUUGGCUUGCUACUGAUCUCCAGCCGAAUACAGAAAAUGCAGAUUUUUAAGCAAUAAAUUUG